UGGAGUUUCCUCCGCUUGCCACGCUUCACCAUGGCCGACGGCGAGGACGUUCAUGGCUUGAAAGGGGUGCUGGUCACCUUCCAGAGGUGUCUGAACAGCAAGGGAGAAAUCCUCAUGGACCCGUAUUUAGGAGGCUGGAAAGGACUCGUCAGGUUUCUAAACACGAUGGGGCCGAUCUUCUCCUUCAUUUCCAAAGACGCGGUGACCAAAAUCCAGAUCAUGGAGAACUUCCGCAGCAGCGAGCAACAGGAGGACUACAUCACCCUCCAGGCCAUGGUGAAGUACGAGCUGGCCAACGGGCUGGUGGACCUGAGGGAGCCCGGCGCUUACCCUGCCUCAGGCUGCCGAACUAUCCUUCGCCUCCACCGGGCCUUGCGCUGGCUGCACCUGUUUCUGGAGGGCCUGAGGACUAGCAGCCCACGUUCCAAGACGUCAGCGCUGUGCACAGAUUCCUACAAUGCCUCCCUGGCUAACUACCACCCCUGGAUCAUCCGCAAGGCAGCCACCAUGGCCUUCUACGCCUUGCCCACCCGGGACGCCUUCCUGGAGAACAUGAAGGUGGGCACCACCGAGGAGGCAAUUGAGAUGCUGGGCGAGGCUCUGCCCAGCAUCAGCAGGGUCUACGAUAUCACGGAAAACCUCUACGCAGAGCACAAGCUCCUCGACCUGCCCUGAGGGGCCGGGGGACGGCCCAAGAGCGGCAGCUCUUCCUGCGGCUGCAGCCCAGGCGUCCUCGAAAUAAUCUCCUGCUCUGCUCAACCAAGUUUCUUCUUGGAACGCUCCAAGGCCUUCAAGCCAUCCCUGUUUGGGUUUCUGGCCCUGAAGAUAAAAAAAGCCUUUAUGCCGUUUCCCCAAUCAGAAAGCUCUCCUUCUGGCCCUUUUCCUCCUUCCAGAAGCUUUGAUCCAGAAAUGCAUCCAGUCCCUGAUCUUCCUUCAUUCCUUCCUUCCUUCCUUCCUUCCUUUUCUUUCUUUCUUUCUUUUUUUCCUUUCCUUUUCUUUGCCUCCUCCUGCAGCCCACCAUUACAGCCAAUUCCAGCAUGAGGGACAACCUGGAGCCAUGGCAAGGUUUUCCUUUCUGUUCUGUCAACCAAUCGAUCAACGCCAGGGAUUGCUUCAUGAAAGUGCCGCUUCAUCCCAACCCAACUACGCAUGAAAAGGGUUUUAAGUGCAGGUGAACAUAGGGUGGAUUUACUUAGGUGGAAGGAGACAGGCGAUCUGAACAGUUCACCUUGGCUGAGGCGUUCCUCCCGCCCACAAUCAAGCAUUCCACCCCAGGAAAGGCGGUGCCUUUGAUAAAGGUUUGUAUCCAGCUAAUAGAGAAAGUCUGAGCCUUAUCUCUUGGCACCCUUCUCCCAUCUCAGGGAUGGAAAGGGUGCGGGGAGUUGUAGUUCGGCAUCUGGAAGGCCAUCCUGAAAGCGGUUUUAAGAACAGAAGCGUGCUUGAGAAAUGCCCCACAGAAUCUCACUGCUGAUCCUCCUGCCAAAUCCCCCAGAGGACGAGGUGCCCCAAAGCCCUGUGAACAAUCUCUGGAAGCUUAGCUAACCUCUCCCUUCAGUUUAUGACUCUUUGUCUAGGAUAGAUUUGGCCGUGUGGAAAGGGAUCCUGGUGAUUAUCCCAUGUGCUGGUUACUUGACAGUUGCAUCCUCGCUCAGCAGCUGGAAAGCGUGCAAUCUUUGGGACAGGAAGAAAAAAAAUAGCCAUUAAGACAAUCCAUCGAUUCCCACCGUGUGCAUCAGAAAUGCCUUUUCUGCUUUCAUUAUCAUCUUUCCUUUCUGGUUGUCUCCUGACACUUCUUCUCACAACUAAGGUUCUCCCCUAACCUUUCUCCCUCUGCCUUGGCAGUGCACUUAAGUCUUUAGGGCUGCACUUUCACAGCCUCCUACGCAAGGCCAUUGGCUUGGCCUUGAAAGAGGCUUCCACCAGACAAGACAAUCAACUCCUCUAGGGCUUCACCUCUUUCCUUGACAGCUAAACUAUUGGAAGUGCUCUGUUCUGCACAACAAAAAAAUGAUGCUGUUCAAGCAGCGCACGGCUACGCCGAGCGACGAAAAGACAGACUUUGUGUCGUGGGCCAAAAAGAAAACAAAACAGGAAACCACCGGUGACUUGAAAAUUUCAUUUCCUUAUAGAUCUGGUAACCAAACUCAGAACUUACUGUUAAUACUUGCAACUUUAGACAGCUAGCAUAAUCGAGGAGGAGGCUGGGGUGCAAACUGAUAAGCUACACUUCUGCUUUGGAGGAAAUCACACACUCUCCUUUUAAAGCCGGGACAGUAUUUAAAGCCAGCAUUCCUUCAUUUGCAACCGUACCACUUUUAGACUUUAAGACUCUGCUGCCGCUUCGUUCUGUUGUAAAAGUGAGUCUGAGCUUAAGACUCACCCCUAACAAUUGGAGCAGCCCUUCCCCUCCAGAUUACGAUUUGAAUCUCUGCCUGCAAUUUGUUUUUUUCAAAGGGAAGUGGGGGGGAGGACCCUGCCUCUCUCACACCAAGACAUUACAAAACACUGUAAUUAAGGCUGUCGCUGUACCUCUGAUAUUAAGACAAUCCGACUAUGUUUGUUUAUGUGUGUGUUUUCAAAGUGGGAUAUUUUUUGUCACAGUCCAUUGGGAGGAUUCUCUGUUGUUCUUUCUUUCUUGGUAUCGAUGUAUUUAAGGUAUAUUUUUGUAUUUUCUACCUCCAGUCUGUUUAAAUUACAAGUGCUUUGUUUGGGGUGCCCUCAGAGCCUGGAUGUAUUCUGCAACAACUCUGGUCCUUACCGCUUGCAUUGUUCAGUCUGAAAUAAACAUCUCUACUGCAGCUUGAA